AUGGAGAAUAUGAAUGAAGAAGUGGAUGCAGUUAUUCCUCUUAUUCAACCAGUUGAAGAUACUUCUCAUUUGAUAAAUUCAUGUAAGUUCCAAGUACUUCAGAAUAUGAAUGAAGAGAUGUUUAGUUCUCAUCUGGAAUUCCCAAUCUUAAGUGUGAAACAAAUUCUUAGUUCAGCUUCUAGUGCUCCCUCAAUUAAUGAAGUUAUACAUGUUAUCCCUCAUGUAGAAAAGGAGGUUGUACUUGAAGAAUUACCUAAAGCUAAACAGAAAGCAACAAAGCAUGUAUGCAUUAUGAAGCUAUUCAUAAUACAUGCAACAUCUUUAAUAGUAAAUACAAGAGAUUUAUGGAAUGAGAUAGAAGACCUAAGUUCUUUAAAUAAACCAUGGUUAACUAUUGGAGAUUUUACUGCAGUCCUAAGGGAGGAUGAAAAGAAGGGAGGAUUAAGACCUUUGAGACUUUCAAUGGUGGAAUUCAAUAAUUGUCUGCAUCGUAGUGGUUUGUUUCAAGACCCAAAAUCUGGUUUAAAAUUUUCUUGGAGCAAUAACAGAGCUGGAAAAAAGAGAAUUCUUAUAGAGAAUUCAUGGAAGAAUCCAUUAAAAGGUAAUCCAAUGUUUACCUUCAUGAGUAAGCUGAAAAUACUAAAAAUAGAUAUCAAAGAAUGGAAUUGGUUUAUGUUUGGAAAUGUUACACAAAAAUUAAAGAUAGCAGAGGAAGAGGUCCUAAUUGCUUCACUGGCUUCUGAUCAACAUCCAGAAGAUACUAUGUUGUUGAAUAAUCUUGUAACUGCCAGAGGGAAGCUUGAAGUUUUAACUCAGCAACAAAAAGAAAUCACCCAACAUAAGUCAAGAGUUAUGUGGCUAAAAGAUGGAGCAUCAAACUCUAAAUUUUUCCAUGUUAACCUAAAGAUAAGGCAAACACAAAAUAUGAUUGUGGAACUGGAAAAUGAGGAAGGAAAAAUUAUAUAUAAUCAUAAAGAAAUUGCAGAUACUUUGGUGAGACACUUUGAAGACAAAUUUAAAUUUCAAGAAGUGGAAAUAGCUCAUCAAUACUUGAACAACAUACCUAAAGUUGUGGAUGAAGAGGAUAAUAAAAUGAUGGAUACCACUCCUUCAAAUUGUGAGAUCAAAAAAACAUUUUUUGAACUCAACCCAGACAGUGCACCAGGGUAUGAUGGAUUUGCAGGAUGGUUUUAUAGGUUUGCAUGA